CUGCCGUGCCCCUUUAUUCAACGUGCGCUACUAUGAGGGGACUGGUUAUUCUAUCCGUCCUGACAGUGUGUGCACUGAACUGUGCCACUGUGCCAACGCGGGACACCAGUGGACGCCACUGGAGCUGCGAUGAGAACGAGAAAGAGCCUGGGGCAAGGUUGGCCAUGCUCAGCAUCAACAAUAAACAUUUCCAUGGAUACAAGUUCCAGCUCAGUAACAUAACCUCCAGCACAGUGGAGAAGGGUCUGGAAUCUGACUGUAAAUUGCACCUGGACCUGGACCUCAAGGAAACAACCUGUCACAUCAUCAACCCAAAAUCUUUUGAAGAGUGUGACAUCCGUCAACAUCAUGAAACGCAAGUGAAUGCCCACUGCAAUGUGACUCUGAGCAUCACAGAAGGCAUUGCAGAGGUCUCUAAACACUCCUGCAACACUGAACCAGUUUCUGCUGAGAAGGUGAUCAGAAUGUGUCCGGACUGCCCCAUUCUGCUGCCCCUGCAUAGCCCCGAGGGCCUAGAGAGUGUGAAGGCAGGCCUCAGGCAGUUCAACAUGGACCACAACUACACCUCCUACUUCAAACUGAUGGAAGUGGGGAGGAUAAUAUCUGGGUACAUGAUGAUGUCUGGAAUGUACUACAACGCUGAGUUGGCCAUCGUGGAGACUGAGUGUAAUGCCAAGAGCAGGAUAGAUACACAGGCUUGCAAGCCACUGUGCCCUGAUGAAGCUCGCCAUGGGCUCUGUAAAUCCACACUGCUGGGGAAUGGCCAGGUGGAUGUCACCUGUGAGAUCUACGAAGCUCUUAACGCCAGUUCUCCCCGUACCCCUGGAAGGGGGUGUGGACACCCACCACACCGCUCCGGACACCACACCCAUCCUGGCAUCAAACAUCACCUCCCUCCCUGGGUACACAAGCCAGGCAAACCAGGCCCACUACCAGGCCCACCUCCAGGCGACGAAGGUCCACCCCCUGGUCCCCAUAGCCCACCCACUGGUCCCCAUAACCCACCCCCUGGUACCCAUGACCCACACCCUGGUCCCCAUAACCCACCCCCUGGUCCCCAUAACCCACCCCCUGGUCCCCAUAACCCACCCCCUGGUCCCCAUAACCCACCCCCUGGUCCCCAUGGAGAGUUCCCGUUCCCCCACUGUCACGGCUUUGUGAAAAUCCCCCCCUCUAUCCACCCUCUUUGCCCCUUCCCCCCCCCUCAUCACCCCCACCCACACCCUCGCCCCCAUGGCCAUGGGCCACCCCCAGGGCACUCUCUACCACCCCACCCUACACACGUUCUGGGCGAGGAUCCUCCCCCACAUGUCAAGGCAUAAUCUCAGUAUUCCGAUAGCAUUUCAAAAUGGUGGGUGUCUGAAGUCAUGUUGACGUACACAUAUUCAGAAGUAGUUUUGCCAUCAUGGUUGGAAUAAUGGCAAUAAGAAGAACAGUAACUGUGUAAAUGAAAUGAUCUGUUGUCUUUUCUGACUUGGUUCUCUCUGUUAAAAUCAGCUUGAUUCUGAGCCAUUCUUGGAUAAAAAAAUGUUUUUUUUUACGAAUAAACUACUUAAUGAUA